AUGGAGGGCAUUCCCCAGGAGAAGCCCCAACCGUGUCUGAUCAUUGGGGAAAAGGAAUACGAGAGGAUCAAGGAAUCAGCUCAAGCCCCAGCUGAGGAGGAGCGUAGGGACAGGGUGAAAAACCUGACAGCCAGACAGGACGCUGCUUUUGAAGCCCUGAAAAAAGCCCAGAUUGAGAAGCAGAGAAAGGCAGAAGAGCAGGAUAAGAGGCACCAUCAAAAAGAACUGGAGGAGGAGAAGGAGGAGAGGCAGAAGCUGCUGCAGAGGGCGGCGAGGAUGAGGCUGGAGCAGGAUGAAGAGAUGCGGGAACUGAACGCGAUAUUCCUCAACGCCAAGUGCAACAUGAUCCGGGACAAGCAAGUGCUGGAGAAGCGCAUGAUCCACAAGGAGCUGGCGGAGGAGGAGCUGCGCCUGGACAAGAUGAUGGAAAUGGAGCGCGAGAAGGGCAUAGAGAUCCAGGAGGAGCUGGAGCGCCGCAAGAGGGAGGAGCUGAUCAGAGCCAGGCAGGACAUUGUCAAACAGAUGAAGAAGAACGCGGAGGAGCGGGUGCUGAGGACUGAGGAGAAAUUCGAGGAGGGUCAGAAGCUUCUGGAGCACGUGGAGCAGAUGAGGAAGGAGGAUCAGAAGGCCUGGGAGAAGAAACUGGAGCGACAAAGGCAAAUCCACGCCGAGAUCAAACAUUUCAACAUGGAGAGCCAGCGGAUGCAGGAUGAGCAGCGGGAGCGGGAAAGGCAGGCGGAACAGCGGGCCCUGGAGCAGCAGCGGGAGAAAGCUGAGCGCGAGGCUGCCUGGGAGGCGGAGCAGCAGCAGAUCCGCCUGGAGAAGGAGAAGGAGCUGGCCCGGCUCAGGACCAUGCAGGAGAAGGCCCAGGACUGGAAGGCAGAGCAGACCCCUGCGACUCACAGACCCCUUGGCCCUGGCACUGAUAUCURUGGAUUCUUGGACCGCAGAGACCCCUGGAGCUCUGAGAAUAACCGUGAGGCCCACGGCAACAACGCAACCCCUCCUCCAUUCCUCAACAAGUGCCCCCGUUCCCAUGGCAACACUAAAUUCCCGCGCCCACAGCUGGACUACAUUUCCCAUCAUACCCCGCGCCUCUGUGCGCGCUAA